CGACGCGCAGUUCCCAGCAGGGAGGAGAGAGAGAGAGCGCGGAGGAUCUCACAUCGUCUAACAGGCGACAGUCCGGUGGACAGAAGACACACACCGACACCAAACGGACACAGGAAAGUGUUUUUCUCUCUUUUCCUCCCCUCAGAAUCAUUUGUUUUGUUUUUGUUUCUGAAUUUUGGACAUAAAACUUAAAUGGCACGGAGCGAGCUGAGUGCGUCAUCUCGUAGGAUACGCCGGAAGAAUUAAAGAGCAGUGUGAGGCCGAGGAGUCCCACUGGGAUCUGAGAGGGAAGAAUUCGGCAUCCCAGCGGUGCAGACGGACCCCCGAGUUCAGCCUCCCGCAGCCCUGAAGGGACCAGCUUUUUUACUUCAUGUGGGAUUCGCACAUCACCUUCUGAAGUUUUUGUCACUUCUGAUUGGACAUCGCCUCAGUUUAUCCGGCCCACAGUCCUUUGUUUCUUCCAGCUUCAACUAAUUCCUUUAUAAUUCGUUUCUCUUGUAUACGUGACUUGAGGUACUGCCUCAAAAAAUCAGGUGAUGAUGCCGUUGCAACUUUAUUUCCCAUCAGAAAGGAAGGGAACGUUUUUAGCCACCACCACUGAGAAUUUGAUGUUUUCUGCUGUUGAAAAACCUGUGCAGAGUUCAUCUGUAAUCCUGUGGAAUAACUGUGUCCAUGUGUGUGUUUAACAUUGGAUUCAGACACAGUACUGCAAGGAAUCUGAUUUCUAAAACAUCUGGAUGGUUACAGAAGAUUUACAAACAGAAAGAGAUUUUUUUUCUUUUACAUUCCCUGCUGGUUAACUUGAAUUUGAUCCAAUUACUUUAUUUUGGACCACUCAGUAACUUUGAAGUAUAAAGAGAUUAUUAUUUUUUUUUUUUGAAGAAAAUAAAAAGUAACGUGACUUUCCCAAACAUAUUUUUAAAAAAGCACAUUAUUUCCUCUCAUUUUGAAAAUGCUUUUUAAAUGCAAGGUGUUUUUAAUUGCCAGCAGUGCAGUAAGCUUUUCAUUUGAAGACCUUUUUUUAUGUCAAGUUUCUGCUGUCAUGUCUCAAAAAUGUGACACCCUGUAAUUUACAUUAAUCUAUCUCCAAACCAAAUGGACAAAAUCUGUUUUGGUGAGAGUGCAAGCCAACUGUUCCCAAGCCAAUUAACCUUAUCAUUAAGUCAUGCACCUUAUUCUUGGAAACAAGACGGAGGAAACCUCUUUUUUUUUGACGGCCAGCUCUUCAUAAAUACAACCAAGACUGUAACUGCAGAACUCGACUUACAUGUUUAUGAAAAAAUGCAGAUUCUACUGAAUAUAUCUGCAUUUCUUCAACAAAUAUCUUUGUGAACUGUGGAACUAGGAUUUUUUUUUUCUUGAUAACUUCAACAAGAAGGCAGAAGCCAUUUUAAUGUCUGUUUACAUUUUGUGGGGAGCAGCCAUCUUGAAACAAACCUGCCAUCAAGCAGCGUUUUUUUUUUCAAAUUUUUGUGAUGAUUUUGAAGGAUGAUCUCAUUUUUAGUGACUUGCAUCAGUAUUCAAGUGAAGUAACUGAACUGUUCCCAGGAGAGAAGCAAGCUCUCUUCAACUGCUGUUAACACCUUUUUGCAUCUGCUUUUAUUUUGUUAGUGCCCACCGUGGAUUACAGCCUGCAGGAUAGCAACAUCAGCAUUUUAAUCUGCAGGACUUGUAUCCCAGAAUGUGAUAAAAGUGCAAGAAUUUGGCUUUUUGAUUCUUGAUAAGUGGACAACAGGACCUCUCAUUCCUUUCGUCCCUCUUCUUGCCCCGAGGGAAAACUCUCAACUCUCAGUGUCCCAUCACCGCCAUGGUGAUGUCGCAGGGCACCUACACCUUCCUGGCCUGUUUCGCUGGCUUCUGGUUGGUCUGGGCCCUCAUCGUCAUGCUCUGCUGUUUCUGCAGCUUCCUGCAGCGCAGGCUGAAGCGUCGCCACGAAGAGAGGCUGAGGGAGCAAUGUCUGCGAACUGUAGAGAUGGAGCCGCUCAGCUGUCAACCUGCAGGGUACCCGGCUGCUCCUCCUCCUCCUGCACCUCCGCCACCACCACCACCAUUACAGCUACCCAGGGAGCCUCCGCAGUUCUGCCCUCCUCGAACGAUGUCGCCGCCUCUGCCUCUACCGGUUCCUCAUCCCAUGCCGGAGGCAAACUGGAUCAGCAUGCCAGACACAGACAUAUUUGGCAAGCCGCCUUGCUAUGAGGAGGCAGUCCUGAUGGAGGAUCCUCCUCCACCCUACAGUGAGGUCUUGGCUGACCCUCGUGGGGGCACCUAUCUGAAGCCCAGCACACUCCGAGUCGCACCACCUCGACCUCCUCCUCUCAGGGAACUCCCGGAUCCCGCUCCGGUGUUCACAUCCGAGACCAGCAAGCCUCCUGUGAUGGCUGUAUUUCCCGAGCGAGGUUACUCCUCCCUGAUACGCCUGCCUUCAUCUCAGCGUUGGGACUCCUUAGGUCACCUCCUGUCCAACAUGGACCUGAACCACAACAACCUCACCCCGCCGGGGGCCCGCUCCAUCCAGGCUGCUGCCGCGAUGGCUACCAUGCCUCGCAGAGAGCCCAGGACUCACCAUGACGAACUUGGGCUCCGUGGUGGAAUACAAGGACUUCAAGGAAGCAUACAAGGAUUUCAAGGAAGCAUACAAGGACUCCGAGGAGGCAUACAAGGACUCCAAGGAAGCAGACGAGGACUUCAACGAAGCAUACAAGGACUUCCAAGAGGGAUACAAGGACUCGAAGGGGGGAUACAAGGACUGCAAGGGGGGAUACAGGGGUUCCAAGGAGGGCUACAGGGGCUUCAGGGAGUCCAUGGACUUAGGGGACUGGAGCCAAGCUGCGGUCUGCCAACAGCCUUCCCCCUGCUGGGUCGUAGCACUGCCGUCUAGACCUAACUGGAGGAAUAACUAGCCAUUUAGUUGGUCCAUCUCAGAAGAAGCCUUCGAGCAGGAGAUCUAAAAGGCAGACUUCCUGUCUGUACGCCUCCUUUACUGCUCUGUGGAUCCAGCACUGACACUGCGUAGUAGAUAUUUCAUCCCCUAAAGAGCUACAAGAGAGUUAAAGUGUUGCAAUGGCACUGGGAGUUCAAUUCCCUGUGCAGGUCUGUGGUCAAAGGUGCCACUUACUUUUGCUGGGAUAGCAGCAAACUCUGUGGUUGAGAAAAAGGAGGAAAUUACACACAAUUUCAUACCACUGUUGUUAAGCUGAGGCAGAGGCAUCCUGAUGUCACAUUAAAGCUAAUUGAGUCAAGUUUCUUUUGAAGAACGGAGGCGAGAAAAGGACCGGUACCAGGCAACAAGCACAGCUGUUUCUCUACCUUUUCAUCCCUUCAUUUUCAUCUCCACCUCCCCUUCUCAUGUCGCCCUCUCAUUCUCCUCAUCCCUCCACUGCUCUCCUCUUCUCUGUGGCUGAGCAACCCAUUGUACCAGGCUGCCGUUGCCAUGGCUCCCGGGAACUGUCUGUUGCUCACAACGACCUCUCCUCUUUUAUCUCGUCUGAUAUCCGAAGACUCUGUUCACAGCUUGUCUUGUCUCAAGGACUGUGAGUAUUAACAGUUACAAAAGAGCACGUGGUAGCCCUUCAGUGAGACUUGGCCACCGUGUGCAUGACAUUUGAGCCUGAAGGCCAGUUUCACGGUGACAUUUUGUAUUUCGCAUUUUGUAACAUGCUGCUUUAUUGUUUUCAAUGUGCAGUUUAACCUCAAGCUGGAAGUUCAGGCUCUUUUUGUGGACACAGGAUGGGUCAUUUGGGUGAAAAAAACCCCCAUAAUUUUAAUGUAAAAAUUUAUUAGCAUACUUUUAGGCUUUGUGACAACUGCCUUUUCUCUUAUGAAAUAAAACAUCUUCACCUGCUAGGCUUCUUCCAAUAAUUUAUGGAUUAAAAAAUAACCAAAAUGGGACCAGGAAAUUGUGUGUUCCUAUGCUCAUCGCAAUAUAAAAUUCAAUAUUGGAUUACUCCCUCUGGAGCAUCUGAAAAUCAAAAUUAAAGCCAUUAAGUUCUAA